AUCAACAGUGGGGAAUGCAUCGUCAUAAUUUUCAUGGCUGUUUUGGUGUUGUUAACGAAUGGUGUGCAUGGAAAAAGCACAUACGCUUGCUGGGGUGGCUGCUAUAAUGAAUGCUUUCUGAAAACCGGUAUAGUUAAAACUCAGUCGAAGGGGCUUUCUUGUGAUUAUCAGUGUCUUAAUAACUGCGUCCCUCGUUCGGCUUCUGAUUUCAUGUACUACUGUGAGAUCGGUUGCUCUCUCAAGCGAUGCAUCCCUGUUGCCUAUGAUGGAGCGAAACUGGAGAGAUGCUUCGGUUUUUGCACUAAUCUCUGCAAGAAACUGAUAGCAUCAUGAGUGAAUCUUGAGC